AUGUCUGGAUUGAAGCACUUCGCGAUUACAGGAGCAGGCAACGUGUGGUUGUUCAUCGCCUCCGAGCUCCUCUCGCUCAAGGUGUCGCGGAAGGUCGACGCCGUGCUCAUCCUUACCCCCAGCGCCAAAUGGACAGAUUGGAUAUUCACGUCACAUUUUCGAUGGGACAUCCUUGACGAAAAGAUUAUAAUCUGGUGGGGCACGAAGCUGGACCACCGGAGGGACGUAGCGCGCUUUAAGUUCACAACGGGAACACUCACUACCCUUUUCCUUGAGCAGCUCAAGUGGGCGAUACUCUACUUCGAGGCGGAAAGGAAGUCCAUGAAAGAGAUCGCCGAGUCCUACUUCUCGCGGACAAGCAAAGCCAUCCAGAUAACGCACACGCCGCUCGCACUAGCGUGGGAUAAAGGUGAGGGUGUGCCCGCGAGUGACGAUUCAGAGGGGAGUGGGCGGUAG